AUCUGGUAAGACGCAUGCGGUAAUGAAAAUUCUUUUUAACCAUUGACGUCGUAGCGUCGAAGAUCGAAAUUUAACAGUAACUGGCGAUCUCGCUGAAAAUUCGAGUGAACAAUGAUGAAUCGCGCGGUGAAUUUGAAAAUGUGGCAUUGCGGUGUGUUUGUAUUCGCAAAGGAACGACGGAUCGGAAAUAUUCCAGAUGAUCGUGGAUAAGAUGGAUAAGUUGGAGGAUGAACGUCGACGAAGCAGACGAACAACCUGUAACGAUGACGGUGUGGCACGAUACGGCGUUGGUUCGACGAUACCUGCUCAGGGCUACGAGAACGAUAGCAGGCGGAUAGCAGGCGGAUAGCAGCAGGAGUAACAGUGGCAGCGACGCAAGUGGGCGUAAGGGCUGGGAGAGAGAACGUCGUCCCGUGUUCCAUACAUGGUUAUGCUAUGUGGAAACUGAGAGACACAGAGAGACGGACGCACCGGCGGAGUCCCCACCGUGUGGACACAGCGGAGGCGACGUUUUCUCGGCACGAAUACCCACCGCAUGCUUCGUGCACAGUAUGUGCUAGCAUCACGUCGUCGUACGAUCGUUCUUCUUUGCGUUUACGAUAAUAUACAUAUAUAGUCGAUAAUACGGACUUGAUCGCAAAAUCCUCUGACAAACGGGACGCGAAUCGAGGGUGACAACAGGCCAAACGUAACGUUAACCCGCACGAAAGAUGCACCCGCGAACACUUCACUGGCGCGAGGGUUACCGUUUCGUUCAUUUAGCUUAGUUUGAAUUCGGACGUGCGAUUUCGAGUUUCAAGCGUCCGCGCCUAUGGUCGAGUGACAAUUCUCUCGGUUUAGCAAGCGUGCUAUUGGUCCGCUUGCGCUUAGUCUCUACGGUGUAGACGCGCGUGUGUGGUGCCUGUAUGCGAGCAGGCAACGUGGGUUGGAUGCGUGAGUGGCCGUGUCGCGCUUGCGUGAGUGCUACGAGGUACUAGCCACGUGUGCGUUCGCCACGCGCGAAGAGAAGCCGCGGGGCCCACAAAACCCGGACCACCGAGACACGCACACCGUUGUAGGAUGCUGUGGAAGUCCGGAUGUUCGUUGAUCCUGUUAUUAACAACGAUUGCGUCUUUGGACGCGACAAUAGACGAUUUUGUGGAAGAUGGAACGACGGCAACGAUGUUCGCUAACUCUUCCGUGUCGUCGUUCACGACGAUGUCCAGCUCGGAUAGAAGAGAGAAGACGACGACGACGACGACGACGACGACGACGACGACGAGUUCGUCGAACGUCGUAACAAUUCCGGACGAAGAAACUAUUCAAGACUCGUCCCACGCAUCCUCGCCUUCGUCUGACACCGUUUGGGAGUGUCCAAAUAUUACAAAAGCAGGCGUCGAGUGCUCUUGCGACUUUCCACACACGUUAAGAUGCACCGGUGAUAGAACCGCAUUGCAGACUAUUAGCAGACAUCUGAGAUUCAGUCGUCCAGGAACAAUAUCUCUUCUGGAUGUAACCGUGACGGGGAUCUCUCUAUUACCGGCUCGUUUUCUUGAAAAUAUUGCCCUCCAUGGACUAGUGGUUUCCACCGGAGAGCUGAUACGUGUUCACGAGAAUGCCUUCAUCGGUCUAAUAAGACCCCUUCAAGCGCUUGGACUUCCGAACAAUCUUUUGGAUUCCGUUCCUACGGCUGCUUUGUCGCAUCUGAGCGGAUUAGAAAAAUUGGACCUAUCUCAGAAUAAAUUGAAAAUGUUAGAAGCUGACUCGUUCAAGGGCUUGUCCAACUUGACGUACUUGGAUUUAUGCGAUAAUUUAUUGUCGCAAUUAUCACCGCAAGCUUUCGCUUCACUGCCCUCGUUGCGUUCGUUGAGGAUGCGCGGCAAUCGCCUAAGCGUAUCCGCGUUAUCCGCACUGAGAGGUCUCAAGAUUUUAGAGGAACUUGAUUUAUCCAACAAUUUACUGCUAGGUUCUAUGGGUCCUACUCUUCUUCCUCGGAUGCCGCGGUUACGUUUCCUUACGGUGUCUGAAAACGAGUUAAUAAACGUACGGCAAGGAGCUCUCAUGGGAUUAAGAAACUUAACUUAUCUUAGCUUGAGUCACAAUCAGAUCGACGUGCUGGAAGAUCAUUCGUUCAAAUAUUUAUCUACGCUAACUAGGCUGGAUUUAGCAAACAAUCGGAUCGUCGCGGUGUCCAGCGCAUCCCUGGCGCAUCUAGAAAAAUUAACUAUACUAGAUCUAACCCACAAUUUUCUACGCUCUCUAACCGCGGAUCUAGUGGUGCCCUUAAAAAGUCUUCAAGACCUUCGACUCGACGACAACGACAUCACCAUGGUAGCCAACGAUGUGCCCACUUCCAAAUUGCGAUUGAAAAGGCUCUCUUUAGCCGACAAUCCUUUGAACUGCGAUUGUACGCUGCUAGAAUUUGCCAACUGGUUAAGUAAUUCCAGCCUGAACGAGGAAGAUAAGUCUUCGGCAGUGUGUGCAACACCGCCUGCAUUGGAAAAUGGUAUACUGACACAGGUGUCUCCUGGUAGCCUGCUAUGCGGUGAACCAACGCCACCGAUCAUGACCAGAGUACCUUUGGCUGCUGCUCAAUUAACCUUAAAGGAGUUUCAUUAUGACAAAUCUACCGGUGUCAAUCUCUUGUGGCACGUAGAACCAUGCACGGAACGAUACACGUGCGACACCCUAAUCGUUUAUGAGACUGUGGGUGACAGUGAAAUAGAAACGGACUCUAGUUCUCUGCAUUGCGAUUCGCGCAUGAUGAGAAACCCCUGCUCGCUACCCGUAGCGAUACCUGCUUCGUUGCACUUACAGCCGGGACAUAAAUAUCGCUACUGCGUGGUACUGCUUAUACCAAGUAACUACGAAGAAGUUUCCUUAGGUUUGGGCUGCAGCGACGUGAUUACUCUCGAAGAAACUAAGCGUGACCUACAGCAAGAUCAACGGACCACGAUAUCGGAACCUUCUUCGGAUACUAAAAUAACUGCGGUACACGUCAACGUGUCCGAUCAAGGCUUUCUGCACGUCGAUGUUAGCUUGUCAACCUCGAAGAAAUCAAGUAUACCCGAAUGUAAAUUGUCGGUUGUUGUCUUCGAUACCGAAUCGCCGGUGCACAAACAGAAGCUGAAUUGUACUUUCGCGUUUGUGACGUUGCCGGUAUUGUUGCCUGGACGUUACAAAGUUUGCGCGAGCUUGGAUGAAGUCAACGAAGAAGACAUCGUUGGAAACUUUUUAGACGACCGGGAUAGAUUGCGUUGCGUCGAGGUACAGGGAUUCAAGCAAAAUAUUGAAAUCAUCGUUUUGGCGAUCAUAGGAGCUAGCUGCGCUCUUCUGAUAACUCUCGCUGUAAUUGGUCGAAGCGUUAUAAAGAGAGUGAAACAUCCCAGAAUACAGACACAAUGCUUCCUACCUGCUCAGGAAUUUGAAAUAACUCACAAAGCACAUUAUAUCAAAUUACUAGCUACGACGAAAGUUUAACUUGUUGCCAUCGAAUAAGUCAAUGUUUCUCAUCUUGUAAAUAAUACGACCUAUUUUUAUUCAUUAUUUAAGUCUACCGAAAAUCGUACAGUGUUUACUCGGAAUAUUAUGAAGACUUCAUAAUUUCUUUUUAUCGGUUUUAUAUUCUAUGUCAUUGUCUCCGUGAAUUACUAGUCAUAAAAUCGAUACUUCAACAUGACGAUAAAUAUUAGUAGAUCGUAAGGAUUAAUAUCUUGCAAAUACGUGAAGUUAAAGUAAUUCGAUUGUUCUGAGAUGAUCUUAAUAAGUCAUAUAAAAUGUUAAUAAAAAUCGUACAAAUGGAUUGCUAUAAUGAUCUGAUAACGUUCUAAAGUAUCAACUUUUGACACUGCCAAUAUAAAUUGUUCUAAGUUAAUAACGUGCAAGGAAACGACAUACUCUAUUAAUAGUUUACGGAUAAGUCUUUUAAUACAAAUGUUACAUAAUAAUAGCACGGUCUCAUGUAUUUUAUAACUUCUAGAUAAAUCUCAGACAACAGA